UUUGGUUUCGUUUUGCUGUGAAAAACGUCUAAUCAGCGUGUGUGUUCCCCUUCGUUCAUCCUAAGUUUCACACAUACCCAAGUCUAUUUGCUUAAAUUUGUUUUAUUACUCACUCUCAAUCGCCCAAUCAACACCAAACCAAUACAAAGUUUUCAAUCAGCUGCUGCCGUUGGAGUGUGUAGGAAUCAAGGAAGAGAAGAAGAAGACGCAUUUGAGCAGACGUAGAGAGGUGAAACAAAGGAGACGACGACGCAGCGCAUACAUCAUACAUAAAUACAAUUGGAAUUAUAAAUUGCCGUUCUUGACGGCGACGACGACGAGGGACGGAGAGGAGACGUUGACGUGCAACACUACACAUCACGUGAUAAUUACGUGAUUGCGAAUACGCAAAAUUCUGCAUAUAAACGGACACUCGAGCUCUAGUAUCCUGCGUCGCAUAUUUUAUAUAACAAGAAAGAGGCAGCAGGCAAGACAAUGAUGAACAAUCUGGCAGACACGGUGGUGCCCGAUCCUGGCUUUGGAGGUGGCGACAAGCAAAAGCAAGUGUCGCAACCUCAGGACGCCAUCUCUGUUGUGGCACCGCCGGCUACAAAACAAUCGUCGGCUCUGAAGAAAACCAGCCGUUAUCGGAGUCGCUCCCUCUCCGCAUCGUCAACGGAUUCCUUCAGUUCAGCCUCCUAUACGGGUAGCAGCUCGGACGAUGGCGACGAUGUGCCACCCCGGGAAAAAGUGCAAAAGAAUGGCAAGGGCAGCUCCGAUUUCUGUGUGCGCAACAUAAGUGCGCAGCACGCGUUUGGCAGGCGUGAGAUCGAGAUUGCGGAACAGGAGAUGCCGGGCAUCAUGGCCCUGCGCAAGCGUGCUGCCGAGGAUAAGCCGCUAAAGGAUGCCAAGAUCGUCGGCUGCACCCACAUCAAUGCUCAGACGGCGGUGCUCAUCGAAACGCUUGUGGAGCUCGGCGCCUCCGUCCGCUGGGCUGCCUGCAACAUCUACUCGACGCAAAACGAGGUCGCGGCUGCUUUGGCCGAGUCAGGCAUACCGAUCUUCGCCUGGCGUGGCGAAACUGAGGAAGACUUCUGGUGGUGCAUCGAUCGAUGUGUGAAUGCGGAAAACUGGCAACCGAACAUGAUACUGGACGAUGGUGGCGAUGCCACACACCUCAUGCUGAAGAAAUACCCAACCAUGUUUAAGCUGGUGAAGGGCAUUGUGGAGGAGAGUGUGACGGGUGUCCAUCGACUCUAUCAGCUGUCCAAGGCUGGCAAACUGACGGUGCCGGCAAUGAAUGUAAACGAUUCGGUCACCAAGACAAAGUUCGAUAAUCUUUACAGCUGCAAGGAGUCGAUACUCGACAGUCUAAAGCGUUCGACGGAUGUAAUGUUCGGUGGAAAGCAGGUGGUCGUGUGUGGCUACGGCGAUGUGGGCAAAGGCUGUGCCCAAGCUCUUAAGGGCCAGGGCUGCAUUGUGUACAUCACGGAAAUCGAUCCGAUUUGUGCACUGCAGGCCAGCAUGGACGGCUUUCGGGUCGUCAAGCUGAACGAGGUCAUUCGAAAUGUUGACAUUGUGGUAACGGCGACCGGCAACAAGAAUGUGGUGGUGCGUGAGCACAUGGACAAGAUGAAGAGUGGCUGCAUCAUUUGCAACAUGGGACACUCGAACACGGAAAUCGAUGUGAAUGGCUUGCGCACGCCGGACUUGACUUGGGAGAAGGUGCGCUCUCAGGUGGAUCACAUAAUCUGGCCUGAGGGCAAAUACAUUAUACUGCUGGCCGAGGGCCGGCUCGUCAAUUUGUCGUGUUCGAGCAUCCCCUCGUUCGCUGUGUCAAUUACGUCGGCGACGCAGGCGCUGGCGCUCAUCGAACUCUUCAAUGCACCACCCGGCCGCUACAAGUCCGAUGUCUAUCUACUGCCCAAAAAGAUGGACGAGUAUGUGGCAAGUCUGCAUUUGCCCACAUUCGAUGCACAUCUGACGGAGCUCUCUGACGAGCAGGCCAAGUACAUGGGUCUCAACAAGGCCGGUCCUUUCAAGCCCAAUUACUAUCGGUAUUAGAGACGACAUCUGAGGGCAAGUGCAACGCGUACAAUAACUGCAACUGCAACAGCAACCAACAUCAACAUCAUGAAUAAUAACAACAACAGCAGCAGCAGCAGCAAUAAGUAACAUCGCCAACGAAAGUAUUGUCUUUGCAACAAACAGUUUUACAUAAUUAAGUGAGAGGGAAUUUCCCAAAUUGUUGACAGACCACACAAACACAGACACACAGACAGAAAACAUACUAACGCUAGAAUCAGAUAAAGUUAUAGAUCGAUCAAGAUCGACCACACAACCGUUGAAAAUGAUGCGGCGGCGCCUACACAAAGUUACUAUGUAUUUGUAUUGGUUAGUUAGCGAGUAUUUUGCUCAUAGGUACACUACUAAUCAGGAAAAUUCUAAAGUAUGUGCGCUAUACGGCUAAUAGCAUUUCAGUUAUUUUUGCAAUUUUCAACGCUUUAGAAUUUAGUAUUUGUAUUUAGUUUUUUGUAAACUAACGAAACGCUCAGUAAGCUCACCCACGCAUUUUUAAAUACCAACGUGCAUACUAUUUGUAUUUAGCUUCUUCCCCCCUCCAUAUGAACACUUCCAAUUCAGGCAAGCCUGCUAACAAUUUUUUAAUCCAUUUAUACAAUUGAUAUGCGCUGGUAAUGCAUAGCAUUAGAUUUAAUCCCCAAUAAGAAGUACAUGCAAAUAUUCUCUUUAAAACCAAUGGCGUUUAGAUUUCGGAUCAAUUUGACUGUUCAUCUGUCCCUGCUCCCUCAUUUAGGUGGUGAUUGCAAAAAAUUAGUAGAGCCGAUCACAAAAUUCGCUUUGAACAUAGUGUAUCGAACUGGAAUUUGUAUUAAUAUGUUAAACUAAACAAGCAUUCAUCAAAACUCGCAUUCUUAAGAUCGCGAUUAUCUUACAAGUGUAUCGAGCAUUCUAAUAGCUUCUACGAGUGAUUUCUCGUUAGCUUGGCAUUUCUUUUCAUUUGUAAUAAAAAUAUCACAGAUAUUUUGUUGGAGUACCUUGCGAUAAAUAUAAAUUAAAACACAAAGCUAAAACUAAUGAAUUUAGUUUUAUGAACGGUUAAAAUCUGAAAAAUUAGUCGUUGUUCUUACGUGUGAUUUGCAAUCGCCACUAAAAUCAGGGACCAGGGAAUACGGUUCAGUGAUCAAAGAUAUCUUUGGAAAUGCGCCAAUUGAUUUUCAAUUGCUCUUUUAUACGUGACUCAGAAAUCGAAAACCGACAUACGAGUAUAGAAAAGAUUGAUUUAAAUUGCAUUUAAAUCACUUGAUUUUUUUGAUGUAGUAUGUUGAUAGAUAUGUGUACGCCAUGGUUUCAAUUUGUAAUUUGAAUGUUCGGGCACUUAAAACUUUUAUGCACCACUCCAUAAUUCGACACACACAAUUAUAAUAUUUUAUUAUGUUUUUAUAAUCCUCUAUUUCAAUCUUUCUCCAUACAUACAUAAUGUGUACUUAAUUUUUCCUCCAGAAUUUAGAAUUUAUUUGAAACAUUUAUUGCCGAUAAUCUAGAAUUUAUUGUUUUGGAAUGAGCACAAAUGUAUUUUAAACUGUACUUACCGUAUCUCAUCAUUUAAUUUUGGCACAAAAUUGGUUUAAUAAAUUCAAA